AUGGAGUCCUCGCCGCUGCUGCUGGCUCAUACUCACGCCCGGAAUGCGCUCCAUGAGACCCGCAAGUCGAACCCUGUCGCCGCCAGCGAGGAGCACGACCUCGCGGCAGGCGAGUUUGCAACUGCUCGACAGUCCAUUACAGACCCAAGUGCUGAGAGGACACUUCGACUGCUAGAAGACCACCACAAGCAACUUGCUGCCAUUAUCCGGUUUCAACAUGAGAACCCUCCGGCAGCUUCAGAAACAGAGCGGAAGCUCUCGAACGACGCAGAAGGGUUGGCCUCCAAUCCAGCAGUCAGCCCUGUUACGCAUAAGGAGCCCGGUUUGACCUCUGUUGGACCGCAUCAGCAGCAACAGCAACAUCAAUAUCAGCAACAACAACAGCAACAACAACAACACAUACAGUAUCCACCACGACUACUUUCACAGACCAGCUCCGGGUCACGCAAUUCGUCUAUUGCCGGGAACCUGGCAUCUGCAAGGGGCAUACCCUCCCAGAGACAGCAUUCCAACCCGGUUUCACCUACAGUGUCGGCCCAGAAUGCCCGAGCGAGGAUGGCGGGCUCCCCCGUCCAAGCGAGACAGAGAGACAGUAGACGAGCUGACCAGCUGUCAAACGAUCCUCAGGCUUCACAGAAUCGUCCCCAUGGAGGGAGUCGCUCCUGGGCUCCGCCGAUCAGCCCGACUCAGGUCACGGCGCAGGAGUACGCCUCUCCUUACAGCAAAGGUACUGCCAUAGCCGGUAUCAGGUCAAUCACGGGAGAUGAACCAUUCAGACGCUUCUAUUCGACCUUUGAAGGCGUCAUAUCCAAACUUUCUGCUCCCCUCGCUUUUGCAAGUUUGCCCCUUGGGGUUGACGCGUCCCAGCCUCGACUUCUCUCGGGACAAAAGGCUCCUGCCGCAGACACGAAGACUAACACUGACGCCGCCAUAGCGGAUUUUACGAGUUUCUCAGACAAGGACCCAGACGUGUCUAAACUUGUUUCUAGUGCGGCGUUGAGAGCAAUCAAGGACAAAGACGGCCACUUUGCCUCGCAUAACCCUGCAGAGUCAUUCUAUGUAGUGCCCACGGCUGGUGGAAUGAUAUCUUAUGCCGGGAUACUUUCUCGGGAAGAAAAGGAGGCAGUGAAGGACAGCAUGGAGUCCGUUGAAGAUGACUUUGUUGAUGCCAGUGAAAAUCCGCCUUCCCCUGAAGACAUCAUGCAUAAAAGCACCGCCAGGCUCGAUCGAAGUAUCACUUCCUUGCAGCCACGCAAGAACAAGGUCGAUCAGCCGAGGCCCUUCAAAACUGUAGAGGAGUUACACAUGGAGAACGAGGCUCUGAGACAUGUAUCUGAUACACUGGCGAAACGCCUACAUAUGUGGGAGGUGAAUGCACAGUCUUCGUCACUUGCCCUCCAACAGUCUAUCCGCGCCAUGCACAACCAGCAUGCCAUCUUACCGUCUCGACAGACAUCUCCUGCGGCCUCUGCUGCCGGUGAAGCCAUCUCAUCGGCAGUACCCAAUGCUGCCUCAGACAUGCGCAUCAGAGAGCUACAGGAGCUGAUCAAGAACAAUGAGCGAGAGCUGGAAAAACUCAGUCGUGAGAAUGAGAAGCUUAGAGCCGUAGUCGAGAGAUAUAGAGAGCGAUGGGAGAAGCUGAAAGAAGGCGCCCGAGUUAGACGUGAGGGAGCCGGCAAUGGGAAUGGGAGGCCAUCUAAGGACUCUAAAGAGAGACCCGAGGAAGAAGAUACCAGCAAGCAAGCAGAUUGA